CUCUACUCAAGAGCAUGUGGCCUCCCGAGCUCGGUCUAGAGAGCAGCUGGGAAACACUGCCAGGGAGAUGCUUUUGAUGGUUACUGGCAUAUUCAUGGAGAUGGAUGCCCGGGAUCGUGCCCUCAAGGACUCGGUGGACCGUCGGAUCGAGGAAGCACGUCUUGAGGAGAAUUUAUCCGCGUCCAGCGAUGCCCGGGGCAAUCUCGCCGCGAUCCAAGAGGACUAUAGGUCCCUCCAGUUCGAUUUAUACGUAGCUAAGGAGGCCCGUAAGAAGGCAGAGGAGGAGAUAUCUGAGGUGCGAAAGCAUGCCCAGUCUCUAGAAACAGAAUUGUCUCACAUCCGGAGGGUUCUCCAAGAGUCUGACGAGAGGGCAGCUGCGGCAGAGGUUCAUUGUGGAGAAGUUCUGAAGCAGCUGUCCUCCACCGUGGAUGCUCUGCGCGAAAGGGACGAGGCCGUGAGCCAGAAGAAGGAAGUUCAGCGCCAGUACGAGCAGCUGAAAGUAAAAUUAGAUGUUGUGCUGGCUCAAAAGAGUGAGGCUGUAGCUCGGGUUGUGGUCCUGAAGCAGGAGCUGAGUAAGCAGGCCGAUAGCAUUAAGGGCUUGACUUUGGCAGCAGAGGAGUCUAAACUUCAGAAGCAGCAACUCUGCCAACAAGUCAAGACCCUAGAGAAGAGAUGCUCAGCCCUGUCUGAAGAGGCCAAAUUAGCCGAGGAUAAGGUCCAGCUGGAGGUUGAGAAGCAUUUGAAGGAGUAUAAGGAGUCCCCCGAGUUGAAGAAGGAGAUCCAGCAGGCCAGUGAAGCUUACCUCCAAGAUUACAAGAAUUCUUCUGAGCUAAAAGCCGAGAUAGCUGAGGCCUGCGAGAAACGACUUACGGAAUAUAAAGCUUCGAAUGAGAUGAAAGAGGCCAUAUGGUAUAAAGGUCUCCGUAUGUUCGUCUCUGGCUUCAAUCGAGGUUUAAGGGAGGCCAGACAUAAUCCCUCCAUCCCCUUGACUGUACUUCGAGCCAAAGAGGAGGAUUCCGAUGGUGAGGAUGUGAUCUACGGGGAGGACGAUAUGCCUUUGCCCAAAGGGACUUCUCUUACUGCAGCUGGGUCUUCUGAGGCAGAGUCCGAGCUGAAUACGGAGGGUGUGGGAGUCCUCGAACCUGAGGGGGGCGGCGUCGAGCCUCAAAAGGAAGGUGUAGAACUAGGAGAGGGAGGUGCUGGACCUCCAGGGCUGGAGAUUGUUCCUUUUGUAGGUGCUGGGGAGUCUGAGCGAGAGGAGGCCAGACCUCCCGUGGGCAGCAAUGUAGACAAUGUAAACACGGAUAGUGUAGAUAGUGUAAGGGAUAAUAUAGACGCCAGUGUAGCUGAGGGUGAUGCCCCUAAGCAUGUGAGUCCUCUGAGGACGGUCUUUCCUCCAGCAAUCUUAGAUGAUUAG